CGACAAUGAGAACACCUUACAGGAAAUUUACUUAUGUCACAACAAGAAAAACGCAAACCUUUUCCAUCACUAGAAUUCAAGCUUCGUUGUAACUUUACAUCAAACACAAAAUAAUGUUUGGCAGACACCAUGGCUGAGGAGCAGAACUUUACUGACAUUAUAAUGAAUACCAGUGAAACUGUUACUGAGGAUUAUUAUUUCGAGUAUCCCACCACCUGUAGUAUGGAUGUCUCCUCCACAAUGGGCUCUGCUUUAAAGCCCAUCUUACUUUCUAUUGUGUUUGUCCUGGGUUUGACUGGCAACAGCAUGGUGCUGUGGAUUCUCAUCGUAUUCAUCAAGCUGAAGAACGUCUCAGAUAUCUGCCUCCUGAACCUGGCCGUGUCUGACUUGAUGGUCACACUCUCCUUGCCAAUAUAUGCCUACCAGUCAGCAGGUCAUGAGUUUGUGAGCACUAUCCUUUGCAAGACCAUCACUUGCAUCUAUCAGGUGGGCUUCUACAGUGGGGUCUUUUUUGUAACACUAAUGGGCAUCGACCGUUAUCUGGCCAUUGUGCAUGCUGUGGCCACCAUGAGGGUAAGAACGAUGAGGAAUGGCAUGGCAGUGAGCAUCGUCAUCUGGUUGGUGGCCUUCUGUAGCGCACUCCCAGAGGUGAUCUUCUCAGGCACAAAUGAUGAAGAAGGUUCAUUCAACUGCGCACCAAAUUAUCCUGGGAAAACCUGGAAACUAUUCCGGAACUUUCGAGAAAACAUAGUUGGCCUCUUCAUCUCUCUCCCCAUCAUGAUGUUCUGCUACAUCAGCAUCCUAGUGGUGCUAAUGAGGUCUCGGAACUCUAAAAAGCAGAGAGCCAUGAGACUCAUCCUCACCAUCGCCCUCCUGUUUGGGGUCUUUUGGGUCCCCUACAAUGUGGUUGUUUUCCUUGAGUCCCUGCAGCAGCUGAACAUUGGAAACACCUGCGAAAACUCAGUGCGAAUCACCUUUGCCAUAAGUGCAACGGAGACUGUCGUGCUGGCUCACUGUUGUAUCAACCCGAUCAUAUAUGCGUUUGUGGGAGAGAAGUUCAGAAAGAGCUUGAAAAUCAUGUUUUCCAAAGUGCCGAUUUGUGGAUAUCUCUGCAAACAGCAGCCUAUUCAUGCAAAAAAUUCUGAAAAUGAAACAACCAACACUUCUGUAUAACUUUGAUGCUUAUACAACCUUCGAACCCCAGACACACCGAACUUGCACAGUAUGUCUUAAGAGAUACGAGCAGGUAUAACAUCCAAUACAGAAAUGUGCAACUUGCAAUGUACAUAUGAAAUUUUCCCUAAAUAUGUUAAUAUGUAUAUAUUUUCUACUUAUUUUAGACAUAUUAUCAUGCAUUUAUGCACUGUU